GCUUGGUUCUGCACUACCAACUCCACUUUCGUAGUCAAAAUGUACGCUUACAUAUUUGCCUUCUUGCUCUUAGCAACUGCGUCCGCGUCGCCGCAUGCGCUUCCGCGCGCAGAGUCUGGAUGCGGGAGAACGCAGAUUCUGCCAGGUAUAACGCAGUACCGAUUCAGUCUCAAGAGUAGCGGUAAAGAUCGAAGCUACUCAUACCACCUCCCAUCAAACUACGAUAAAAACAGGCGAUACCCCGUCGUACUUGGAUUCCAUGGGUCGAGCAGCACAGGGUUAUUCUUCGAACUCGACACGAAGAUGUCUGAGACCAGAUUCAGUGGUGAUAAGAUAAUGGUGUAUCCGAAUGGAGUUGGGGGUAGUUGGGCAGGACCGACUUACCACACGGACUCCACGGUCGACGAAGACGUGCAGUAUGUCUCUGAUGUCGUAGAGGACUUGCGGGCGAGGCUUUGUGUAGACGAGAAACGUAUCUAUGCAGCAGGUAUGUCCAACGGUGGGGGAUUCGUUGGUACGUUGGCUUGUAGCAAGGUAGGAAGUCAAUUAUUCGCUGGCUUUGCCGCGUCUUCCGGAGCAUUCUAUACGGAUCUAAAUGACUCGACAAGUCAAUGCAAGUCGGAGGCCACUGUUCCGAUACUUGAAAUUCAUGGUUUCGGAGAUCGUACAGUGCAUUACGAAGGAGGUCAGGGAGACGGUGGGCCGCUCCCAUCUAUUCCAUCUUGGCUAGACACAUGGGCACAGAGAUACACUUGCCAAAAUAAGACGGAAGAAGUGACUCACGAGGGCGAUGUCCAUCACUACUCAUGGACUUGUAAUGGCAAAGCCGGUCUGCUUCAGCAUUACAAAGUCGAACGCUUAGGUCAUUGCUGGGCUGAUACGGAGAUCAAUUUAUCACAGAUUUCUGUCCCACAAGGACCGGCUUCAAUUAAGGCAACCGCUAUCAUCAUGGAGUUCUUUGACAAUAUCGAAAGAUGA